GGGUAAGGUGCGGUGUCACGGGCCGACACCGGGCCAUCAAGCCAAUCGGCGUCCGCGCCAACACUGACCAGGGCAUGUUAGUCGUGACUUGGGAUUCCCGAUUAGGAGAGCUAGUGCCAGGCUUAUAGGAAGCUAGGGUGUUUGAGGGUUAGCCGACGGGCAACGCCGCGCACAACGUGGUUUGACAAGUUGGGAUUAGAGUUGGGAUAAGUUUUUUGCCGGGUUGUUGUCCGUCUUGUUGUCUGUUGCUUCCCCAUGGGGGACAGGGGGGGCAGCUCCUCUUAAAGUGAAGCUCAUAUAAGAUCGUCUGUCGUACUUCCUCUUUCCUUAUUGCCAACCCUCCUCAGCAGCUUUCUCCCAUCUUCUACAGAGUCUUGUUCAACAUGACGAAAACCAUACCAUACAAGAACGUGCUUCUCGGCUUGUUGUCAUUAGCCUCGGUUCUCCCUGAUGGUACUACGGCUGCCGUACUGCCUCGUACCGCAGGUUGUGGUUGCCACAGUAACCAUCACCCAGGCCCCGAGAACCCGAGCUUCGAAACUGGCGAUUUGUCGGGCUGGACAGUCGUUAGUGGAACAGCCUUUGGCAAUGCCUCUGUCACCACAACAGCCUCGUACAAGAGCGGUUCGUUCAACCAAGUCGGCCCGCUCAACCAAGUCGGCAAGCAGUUCCUCUGGGGAAUGCUGCAAGAUGGCGACGCAGCCGUUGGAACACUCCGCUCCAGCACGUUCCGGGCAAGCUCCACGAUGAGUUUCUUGGUCGGCGGCGGCUAUGAUCCCGCCAAUCUCUACGUGGGAGUUGUCCUGGAGAGAGACGGCACUCUCCUGUUCAGCCAGACUGCAACCAACGACGAGGCGCUCAUUCGCAUUGUCUGGGACACCAGUGCUUAUGCCGGUCAGAACGUUUACAUGGUUGUGGUCGAUACCAGCACGCAGGGCCACAUCAAUUUGGACGACGUUCGAACUGGCUGCCACGCCCUCCACGACGGCGGACUCUCUUUCAACGCCCUUGGACAGCACAAUCAGCCCCCUCAGAACUCCACCGCUCUCUCAGCUGCUUCACUCUAUGCUCUUGACCCGAUUCGUCCGCAAUUCCACUACACUCCCUACCAGGGCUGGAUCAACGACCCGGCUGGACUGAUUCAGUGGGGCGGCAAAUAUCAUCUCUUCAACCAGUUCAACCCCGUUGCCCCUCUCUGGGGUCCGAUGCACUGGUCGCACGCCGAAAGCACCGAUGCCGUACACUGGAGGGAGCUACCGGUUGCCUUGUACCCGCCAUACCCCGAUAACCCGCAGGAUACCAGUGGGCGCUACACCGGCAGCGCAGUCUUGAACAAAGACACGGGUGCUCUGCAACUCAUCUACACCGACGCCACUAACGUAAUAUGGCACCCCAAGGCCGUAGCGGAAGUCGUCUCAUCAGCAGUGAGCUCCGAUGGAAUCAACUUCGACCUCUCCAACAGCAACCCCAUCAUUGCCGCGCCGCCUCCCGACUCUGCCAGUGGAUUUCGUGACCCCAAGGUGUUCUGGGACCCAACAGACAACACCUGGAAGAUGGUCGUCGGGUCAGGUGACAGCCGCAGCGGCAAAGUCCAGCUCUACAAGUCCACCAGCCCCACCUCGUCCGAGCUCACCGCUUGGGAGUACGUCGGUGUUCUGCACCAAGGUGACGACAGCAGCAGGGGCACCAUGUGGGAAUGCCCCAACUUCUUUCCCAUCGGGGACAAAUGGGCUCUCUUCUACGGCCAAGAUAAGGCCAGUGUAGGCUGGUACGAAGUGGGCACCUACAACGGAACGACCUUCACUUCGGAGAAGCUCGGACUGCUUGACGCCGGCCCGGACAGCUACGCCGCCCAGUGGUUCGUGGACGACGCCGCACGCAACCUUCUCGUCACAUGGAUGGGCAGCUGGACCACGUCCAAGUGGCCCAGCCGGGUAAACGGCUGGGCCGGGGCGCAGUCCCUCAUGCGCGAGCUCUUCAUCCGCGAAGACGGCGGGCUCGGCCAAAAGGUCGUCGAUGAAGUGUCUCUGUUGGCGAGCGGUCCGGCCAAGUCGCUUGGUCGGACUGACGUCCACAAUGGAACCAUGACGGUUGGAUCUUCAAACACGGCACGCCUUCAGGCUUCUAUUGACCUUGUUGCUAGUACUGCACCGGCUUUCACCAUUGAGCUGUUUGCCUCCAAGGCCGAGUCUGUGUCUCUCGUCUACAGUUUUGGCAACCGGUCGUUGACAUUGGACACGACGCGAGCAGGAUACGGUCAAGCUGGUAAAUGGAGCGCAACCAUUGCGAAGCCGGCUGACAAUCGUCUGUCGUUGGAUAUCUUGAUCGAUCGAUCGAGUUUGGAGAUAUUUGUCGGGGAUGGAACAGCCAUGACUGCGACGGUCUUCCCACGUUAUCAGGAGUCAAACAACAUUAGGAUCGUCUGCCGUGGAGGUAAGACCGUCUUUGAUGAUAUUGUUCUGACGCCGUUGGGGUCCGCUUGGGUAUAAAAUGUACAUAGACGGGUGUGAAGUUCGGAAACAGCCGAGGAGAUCCUGCUACUUCGGCCUGAACUGGUCGCUUGUCAAGGAGGGCAAGCGCGGCAGGCGCAGGUGGUCCUGAUUUCGUCCGAUGGUUCUUCCCCUCUGUGUACGUCUGUGAAGGAAGGUACGGAGUGGACUGUACGGUAGACUAGUGUAAUAAUCAUACGUCCCGUCGCAUAACGACCAUGCCGUAUAUCGUCGAUCGGUGAUAACUUGGUGUGCUAGUGAUAACUGAACG